AUGCAGUUCCGCGCCUCCCUCGCUGCCGUCGCUGGCUUGUUCGCUCUGGCCAACGCUCGCAUCUACGGCAUCGCCUUCCCCGAGACUGUUAAGGCCGGCGACGAGGUUGAGGCUAUCAUCGAGACCGAGAACUACAUCCAGUCGGUCGAGGACAUUGCCAUCGCCUUUGGUAUCGCUACCGAAGCUUCCGCUUACCCCGGCACACUUGGCCAGAGCGUCCUGGGCUCGUUUUACCUAGGGCCUGAGAAGUCCAACACUCUUGACAACAUCACCGAGACCGUGACCAUUCCUGCCGGUCUUGCCGCCGGCGAGUACGUUGUCGCCGCCAGCUUGUACAGCUUGUACGGCGCCUCGUCCUCCGCCAUCUUGACCAACUACAAUGUUACCAUCACCGUCGGCGGCGCGACCAGCGAAACUUAUGUAGGCAGCCAGUAA